UCCCUUGCAAGCAGCCUGCUCCUUUCCCCGUUUGCGCUGUAAUCCAGUUCCACCAUGUGCAGACAGACAAGGGGACGCAACUCAGCUUUCAGGCCUGGGCGGGGUUCUCGCCGUUUAAUCUUUUCCUUUCUCUUCCCUUCGCUGCUUUCCUCCCUCCCCCACUUUCCGUCUCCCAGGCCCAGUGAGGUCAGCUCAUGAAUAUUGCUUCAUUUUCCUGAGAGGCUCUGGCAGCGCUGGGUACCUCGUGUGCGGGCGCUUGUCCCUCUGUGCAUGCAUUUCGCCAGCCCAGCAACAGACAAAAGUGGUGCUCCCCGGGCGGAGGCGCAGGCGGAGGCGGAGGAGGAGGAGGACGCCGCCGGUGAUGGACGUCUCCCGGAGAUAGCCGCCGCCAUGAGCCAGCCGCCUGCAGGGGGCGCCGCCGCCGCCGCCGCCGCCGCCGCCGAGCCUCGCCUCCAUCCCGAGGGCAGCAGCGGCAGGAAGCAGCAGCGAGCCUCCUCUCCGGCCAGAGCCCGGGACACCCCCCCGCGGCCGCCGCCCGCCGCCGCCGCCCGCGGCCCCGCCGCCCCCAAGGCCGGCGCGGUGCGGCCGCAGCCGGGGCUGCCGUCCAGAGCCGCCCGCGGCCGCGCCGCCGAGAAGCCGCCGCCGCGCGGCGCGGCGCCGCCGGGAGCUGUCCAGCCCGGCGCCAGUGCUGAACCGCCGCCCGCUGCGGCCGGCAAGGCCUUCCCGGGGGCGGCCGCCGAGGAGCCGCCGCUGCGCGACGCGGAGGCGCCGGCGCCGCGGGCCGCCGAGGAGGCGCCUCCUGCGGGAGGCGGCGGCGGCGGGGGGGAGCGGGAGGGGGCGGUGGCGCUGCAGCCGCCGCUGCCGCCGCCGCCGCCGCCCAGGCACUGGAGGGGCAAAGCGGGGCGGUCGCCGCUGAAGGGCGCGGGGGAGGCGACCCCGGCGCCUCCAUCUUCCUCGGGCGCGGGGAAGGGCCGCGGGGCGGCGGGCGGCGGCGGGUACUGGAAGGAGGGAUGCCUGCAAAGUGAGCUCAUCCAGUUCCACCUCAGGAAGGGGCUGGCGGCGGCCGCCCAAAUGCAAACCAAGGGCAGCAACCACAGCAGCAGCGGCAGCGCUUCCUCCUCCUCCUCCUCCUCCUCCUCCUCCUCCUCCGCGGCAGUGGCCGCCGCCUCGGCCGAGCCUCCCCUGGCCGCCUCCUCCCCCUCCUCCUCCUCGCCCUCUGCCAUGGCGGCCGCCGGGGCCGAGGGGCUGCGGCAGGGCGAGGCGGGCGGCGGCGGCAGAAGUGGCGGCCCCGAGGGCGCCCUGAGCCCGCAGCAGCAGGAGGAGCUUCAGGAGGAGAUGGAGAAGCUGCGCGAGGAGAACGAGAGCCUCAAGAAUGAGAUAGAUGAACUGAGGACUGAGAUGGACGAGAUGAGGGACAGUUUCUUCGAGGAGGAUGCUUGUCAGCUUCAAGAAAUGCGCCACGAACUGGAGCGAGCCAACAAAAAUUGCCGGAUCCUUCAGUACCGGCUGCGCAAGGCCGAGCGCAAGAGGCUCCGCUACGCACAGACUGGAGAGAUCGACGGAGAGCUUUUGCGCAGCAUGGAGCAGGACCUGAAGGUUGCAAAAGAUGUAUCGGUGAGACUUCAUCAUGAGUUAGAAAACGUGGAAGAAAAACGUACUGUGACAGAAGAUGAAAAUGAAAAAUUACGACAGCAGCUUAUAGAAGUUGAAAUUGCAAAACAGGCACUACAGAAUGAACUGGAAAAAAUGAAAGAGCUAUCACUGAAAAGAAGAGGGAGCAAAGACUUGCAAAAAUCAGAAAAAAAGUCACAGCAGACACCAACAGAGGAGGAUAAUGAAGACCUGAAAUGCCAGUUGCAAUUUGUCAAAGAAGAAGCAGCCUUGAUGAGGAAAAAAAUGGCUAAGAUCGAUAAGGAGAAAGACAGAUUUGAACAUGAGCUACAAAAAUAUAGAUCAUUUUAUGGGGAUUUGGACAGUCCCUUGCCAAAAGGUGAAGCAGGUGGGCCACCUACUACAAGAGAAGCUGAACUCAAGCUUCGAUUGAGACUUGUGGAGGAGGAAGCUAACAUUCUUGGGAGGAAAAUAGUGGAACUAGAAGUAGAAAAUAGAGGACUGAAAGCAGAGCUUGAUGAUUUAAGAGGAGAUGAUUUCUCAGGGACAGCUAAUCCGCUCCUGGGAGAACAGAGUGAAUCCCUGUCAGAACUGCGACAGCAUUUGCAGCUAGUAGAAGAUGAGACAGAAUUGCUGAGGAGAAAUUUAGCUGAUUUGGAAGAACAAAACAAGCGCAUAACAGCUGAGCUGAACAAAUACAAGUACAAGUCUGGGGCCCAUGAGAGCUCUAGGCACCAUGAUAAUGCCAAGACAGAAGCACUACAGGAGGAGCUAAAAGCUGCACGAAUGCAAAUCAAUGAGUUGAGUGGCAAAGUCAUGCAACUCCAGUACGAGAACAGAGUAUUAAUGUCCAACAUGCAGCGCUAUGAUUUGGCAUCUCAUCUUGGCAUCCGUGGCAGUCCCAGAGACAGUGAUGCUGAAAGUGAUGCAGGAAAAAAAGAAAGCGAUGAUGAUUCCCGUCCCCCUCACCGUAAAAGGGAAGGCCCAAUUGGUGGGGAAAGUGACUCUGAAGAGGUACGCAACAUCCGGUGCCUGACGCCCACAAGGUCUUUUUAUCCUACACCAACUGGGUGGCAGAAAAGCUUCACUGACAGGCAGCAGAUGAAGGACAUCCGCUCUGAAGCUGAGCGACUAGGCAAGACAAUAGAUCGCUUGAUUUCUGACACGAGUACCAUCAUAACAGAGGCAAGAAUUUAUGUAGCUAAUGGGGAUCUGUUUGGACUGAUGGACGAAGAGGACGAUGGCAGCAGAAUACGUGAGCAUGAGCUUCUGUACCGGAUCAACGCACAGAUGAAGGCGUUCAGGAAAGAACUCCAGACUUUCAUCGACAGACUUGAAGUUCCAAAGUCAUCAGAUGACCGAAGUGCAGAUGAACCUUUGUCAGUGAGUCAGGUAGACUUUUACUUAUUACGGCCUACAGGUAAAAAGGCUCUGCCAAAUGAAUUAAGCCUAAAAUUUGAUGUAUGGCACAUUAAAAUUGUUGUUAGAUAGUGGACAGAAGUCUCUGUUUCCUGAAUUGUUUUAAAUACCCAGCUGGCCAUAUGAAAUCUCUUUCCAUCAAUGGGGCUGUUUGUGAACAAUGACUAAAUCUGAUCUCCUUGAAAUUAAAAGAAUAAUACCAUAGUUACAAGUAUUGUAUGAGGUAGAAGAUUUUAUUCCUUCUUCUGGCUUUGCAACUGCAUUUGCCAGAAUCGUGCCGUCAUCACGAGCAAAGGCAGUGCAGGCAAGUUUUCAUGAGGCGAUGCUGUGAAACCACUAUUGGUGUUAUUUUCAUAUUUUCACAACAGAAAUGAAAAUGAACAUGGUUGUUUUCUUUGCAGUUGGUUUCCUGUUAAAUGAAUAAAAAGAAAAUCCCAACAAUUAAAAAGAGGAGGAAACAUUCAGUUUCCAAAAUGAUAAAGAUAUGACAAACCAUGGAGAAAAGAAAUUGUGAAAAUCUGAUUUUUAGAGUCAAAGAACCAAACUGCAGUGUGUGAAUAAAGGAAGUGUUGAAACUGA